CGCGAUCAGAUGAGCUGCGAGUGAUCGAUGCUACUCGCGCAAGCCUGGGAGAACAGCAGGCAGUGCUGGGACCAAGCGGAACAAGGUGUCGCCAGCCCCCGGCCAACAGUGACAUCGUCCAAACUCUAGCGAGGUGCUGAUCUCACGAGCUGGCCUGGGCCACAUGGCGGAAGGUACCGAGGGGCCUGGAGAUGCCCUCUGGGAGGCCCUCAUGGCACUCCUGCCAUCCACAAAGGAGGACCUGAUGCUGGACCUUGGCGAGAAAGUGGACAGAGGCACGGCACUGCUGCUGCAGCAGGCCGUGGAGCUCUUCCACGGGGGCCGGUGGGCCGACUGUCUACAGGCCAGCGAGGCCGUCCUGGAUUACGCCUGGGAGAAGCUCAAUACCGGGCCGUGGCAGGACGUGAACAAGGCCUGGCGGCAGGUGUAUGCCUUCGGCUGCCUCCUGAAGGCCCUGUGUCUGUGCCAGCCACCUCGGGAGGUCACUGCUGUGGCUGCAGCCCUGCGAGUGUGUGACAUGGGCCUGCUGAUGGGCGCGGCCAUCCUUGGGGACAUCCUCAUCAGAGUCGUGGCUGUCCUCCAGGCGCACUUGGUGUCUAGAAAGAGGCCUGACUGCAGUCCUAGCCAGGAACUGCCCAGCUUAAAGAAAGCAAAGCGUGACCACGUUCCCGCUCCGGACGUCAGGCUGGAGAGAGCAGUGCCCCGGCUCCACCGUCCCUCCCUCCAGCACUUCAGAAAGCACUUUCUGCUUCCGGGGAGGCCUGUGAUCUUGGCCGGCGUGGCUGACCACUGGCCGUGCAUGAAGAAGUGGAGCUUGGACUACAUCCGGGAGGUGGCCGGCUGCCGCACUGUCCCCGUGGAGGUCGGCUCCAGGUACACGGACGAGGACUGGUCCCAGACCCUCAUGACUGUCGAGGAGUUUGUCAGCAAGUACAUCACGAAUGAGGCGAGGGACGUCGGGUACCUGGCUCAGCACCAGCUCUUUGACCAGAUCCCGGAGCUGAAGCGGGACAUCAGCAUUCCCGACUACUGCUGCCUGGGCAGCGGGGAGGAGGAGGAGAUCACCAUCAAUGCCUGGUUUGGUCCCCCAGGAACCGUGUCCCCACUGCAUCAGGAUCCCCAGCAGAACUUCCUGGCCCAGGUGAUCGGGAGGAAGUACAUCCGGCUGUACUCCCCGCAGGACUCGGAGGCCCUGUACCCUCAUGAGACGCACCUUCUUCAUAACACAAGCCAGGUGGACGUGGAGAACCCCGACCUGGAGAAGUUCCCCAAAUUUGCCGAGGCGCCCUUCCUGUCGUGCACCCUGGCUCCUGGAGAGAUCCUGUUCAUCCCGGUGAAAUACUGGCAUUACGUGCGGGCGCUGGAUUUGAGCUUCUCGGUCAGCUUCUGGUGGUCAUAGCUGGCCAAGAGCGGGGAGCGCUGGAAACACACACAGCGGUUCAUCGCCACCUUCCCUCCGCAGCCUGCCAUGUGGAGGUGCGCAGCCUAGGUGGUGCCCAGGGCACAGCAGCCUCGCUGUGCGGGGGAGCCCAGGUGCGGGGAGGCGUGCAGGACAAGGGCGUGCUCCAGGCCGGGGCGUGCGGCCAAGCAAGGCAGGAGGACCCGGGACACUCCAGGCGCACAGCCCACCCGGAGGCUCGACACCCGGAAGCUGGGGAGGGGGAAGCGGCUGGAAGGCGCGGGCGCUGAACACACCCACUGGGUGCCAGCCUGUCUUGUUGCCAACUGCCGUGCGCUUGGGCCCAGACCCCUCCGUGCACAGUACUGUGUCUUGUCUGGAAGCACGGGCGGUGCUAGGCCUUACCAGAGGCCCAGGGGACGUGCACGUGUGCAUGGCAGAGCAAUUGUUAUCCAUCCAAGUUACACAGAAUGUUACGUACUUGUAUCAGUCAGGGUUUACUAGAGAAGCAGAUGUAACACAAGAUAAACAAAUGUACAAGAAAUGACAAGGUUG